AUGCCGAGGCUUGCUGCACCUGAUCGGCGCCGUGCGCUGCUGCAGGCGCUAAUUGCUGCUGGAUUGCUGAUGAAUGUGUGCUCGCUUGAUGUGGAUUGGCGCAAUUACUGGGAGUCGGCGUGGUACCACACGGGACUUGGCUAUCAAUGCAAUUUUGUGAGCAAACCGUCCCAAGCAGUGCGUGCGCACUUGCAGGAGAAUCUCAAGGGCCAAGAGCGAGCAGUGGAGGCAGUCGUAGGCGCCAUCGAAGCGUGGGAGUUCUCGACGUCGUCGAAAGACUGUGCGCCGUUGGUGCUGGCAAUUACGGGACCGACGGGAACGGGCAAGACAGAAAUGUCGAAUUUGAUUGCUGAAGCGCUGUUUCAACGCAAAAAGAAGCUGCCACACAGUGAAAAGCGCGUGCCGUCGGGUCUGUUGAUUUAUCGUGGAGAGGAUUUCAGCGAUAACUUUACGAACCCUAUCACGGAGUAUCACACCCAAAUCAAGACAAGGCUCGCUGAGCACUUGCACUAUUGCUCGGGGAAAGCUGUCGUGGUAAUCGACGAGGUGCAGAAAGUGAUCCCUCACACUCUCGAUGUUCUCAUGGAAGCGGUCAGCGAGAGCUCUCAGUUUUCGUACUAUAAGCACGGAGUAACCAAGAAUAUCGACACUGCCAACGUCAUUUUCAUACUCGUGUCGGACAUUGGCGUUGGCGAAAUGGAGCAGGUCAUGAUUCAGUACGAGACUCGUAACGAGAUACCCACAGUACAGCUUGAAAGGGUCGUGAAGGCAGCCCUUGAUGAUCAGUGGAAGCGUCUGGAAUUUGGCAAGAUGAUCGAUCGGGUCGUUCCUUUUUUGCCUUUCGAGCACCAGCAUAUUGUCGAAAUCAUCGCACUGAAGCUGAAGCAGCUGGACAAUAACUACCGUGGCAAGUACUGGCAUCGACUGUGGAUUGAAGAACCCAUUGCCGACUACAUGUCACGUUUGGACUCGGUGCACUACAAAGUGCGCUCGGCGGUUGUUAACGGCAAGGUCAAGUCGAGCAAAGUGUUUGCCAAGUACGGGGCUCGAGACGUUGAGACAGGGCCGAUCCAGCUGCUCAAGUCCAAGUUGCUGCGCUACCUGCGGCCUUUCGACCCCGACGCCGAGAUCCGGAUAUCGCAAGACCCCCGCACCAAGGACAUUUCGAUCGUGUCGUGCUCACUAAAAGACGUGACGGUCCCAUCGUCACGUAAAAGCGAAGGCCAAAGCAGCAGUCGAGUUGUGCUCGGUGAACAGGACCCGAAAACCCGAGACGAGUUCAUUCGCGUCGGCUGCGUCACCAAGUGGUCUGGUCCAUUUGAAUAG